AACUCAGGCGAAGCUCGAAAUGUGGAAGACAGCUGGUGCUGGGAGCCCGCCACAGCCGCGACAGCCGCAACAGCGGCGGACAGCAAAGGCUCAUCGCAAGCUGGAAUGGUGGACGUGGCGCUGGUCGACACACCAGAUGUGUCUGGGCUGAACAGAAUAAUUGCGGAUCUGGAGCAAUAUAAUGGCGAGCUGCGCAACUCGCUGGAAAUGCUUGACGCGCAGCAUGAGGUGGCGAUGCAGGAUGUGCUGGGCCAGAAGGCAGAGCUGCAGUCACAGCUGACGGAGCUGAAGGAGCUACAGGCCGAGCGCCUGGUGGCCCACGAGCUGGAAAUGGCGCGCCUGAAGGCACAGCUGGCCGAUGAGCAGCAGCGGCAUCAGGCCGUGGCGAUUGUCCAGGAACAGCUGCAGCAGCGCGUCGAGCAACAGUCUGAGGAGCUGAAGCGCUGCCAGCUCGAGCUGGGCGAGAUGCAGCAGCUGCUGGACAAGCGGGCCAAUGACAAUAGCGAACUGAUCGAGCGUGUGCGUCAGGCUGAUGCCGAGCGCGAGAAGCUGCAACUUGAGUUGGAGGAGGUUGUCAAACAGGCGAAGGAAAAGAAAACUUCCGAGUCUUCGAACAGCUCAUCGACGGGCGGAAAGCACAGCGAGGAUGAGUUUAUAGUCGUGCGCAAUACGGAUGCAACCGGUUCCAGCUCGGAUCCAGAUCCAGAUGCGGAUGCCGAUGCGGAUGCGGCUGCCACCAUGCCGCCAACCAAGGAGCAGCUGCGCAACAAGCUCGUCGCCCUGGAGUCUCGCAUCGGCGAGCUAAGUGCUGCCAAUGCCAAGCUGCAGGAUGCCGACGUGGAGCGUCAGCUGGCGGACAGUGUGCGGCUCGAGCAGGUGUCUGAGCUGGAGACGCGUCUGCGCAUAAGCGAGAGUGAAAAGGAGCAGCUGCAGCUGGAACUGCAGCGCAAGCUGCAACAGCUGAUGCUCCAAAAUCAGGAGCUCAAGCUGAACGCCGAGGCCGAUCAGGAGACACACGCCAAUGAUCUCGAGCAGCAGCUGGGCUCGUUGCGUGCCGAGAAUCGUCGGCUGCGCCAGGAGCUAGACGCGAACAUUGCCCAGGCCAAGUUCCGUCAGGCCAUUGCCGAGGAGAAGGAGGAGAUUACCGAUCUAGACGUGGAGCCGGAUGAAGCUGACAGCUCGCGGCACCUGUUCUCGAUCCUUGAAUCUUUGGUGGCUGACAAAUCGGACCACGCCCUGACUCGCACAUAUCAGAUAAUUAACGAACGCUUGAAGAGUGUGACUAGCACCGAGAGGCAGUUGUCGGAUCUGCGUAAGCAGCAGCUAAUGGUCGAGCACGACAAGAAGACGCUCGAGGCGGACAUCUCGCAGUACGUGCUCCAGUGCGACGAGCUUAUGAAAAACAACGAGACGCUGCUCAACGAGCUGGACAAGUUGAAGCGCAACAAGCUGGAGACCAUCGAGGAGCAUCACGAGGAGACAAUUGCGCAGCUCGAGUCACAGCUGGAAGAACUGCAAUCGCUGCUGCAGCUCCAGGAGGAGCACAAACUGGAGAUCGCACAGCUCGAAGGCGGCAAUCAGGACCAGCUGGAAGAAUUGAAAGUGCGCGUGGCACAUCAAUCCAAAGAGCUGGCGGACAAGCAGCAGGAAAUAGAGCAGCUCUCAGCUCGUCUGGAUCAAAUAAAAGUCACUCCGCAGGAUGGCUCUCAAUUGGAGCGAGAGGCGGAAAUGAGUGCACAACUGGAGCAGCUCGAACAGGAAUUGCGGGCCAAGGAACAGCAGCUCAAUCUGCAGUUCGAAGAGAAAGAAGCGGCGCUCCAGGCCCAGCUGAAUGCCAAGCAGCAGCAACUGCACGAGAGCACCGAGAAGUGCGAGCAGCUGGAGGCACAGCUGAAGCUGGUCGAGACGCAGCUGCGGGAGCUGAAACAAAUGCCCGAACAGUGCAGCGAAAGCGAGCUACUCAAAAAGAAGUUGGAGGCCAGGGAGCAGGAUUUGGAGGAGCUGCGCAACCAAUUGCAAUUCAAUCGGCUGGAAUUGUUGGAGAGCAAAAAGUGUGGCGAGCAGCUUAAAUUGGAGAUUGAGGAUCUGCAACGGCAGCUAACGGACUCGACCUGGCUGCGCGCAGAGUUGGAGAAGAAGACGGCGCUGCUGCUGAGCAGUGAAGAAGCUACCGAGCAGUUGCAGUCACAGCUGGACAAGCUGCAGGCACUCUACGCCCAUGAAAAGGCAGGCGGCAAGGAGAGUCAAAUGCGUGAUGAAUUGGCGUCCAUGGAAAAUCAGCUAAAGCAAUUGAGCGAGGAGCGCGACCGGCUGCUGGCAAACGCACAGGAGUGCGAGCAGCUCAGGCAGCAGCUGGCCGAGCUUUAUUCGACAAUCAAGGAACUGCAGGACACCUCCGCAGGCAGCAGCACAGACAUAGAGCAGCUGACGACGCAGCUGCAGGCGAGGGAGCAAGAGCUGGCGCAGCUGAAGGAGAAUAGCGCCCAACUACAGCAGACCCUCGAUACGUUGAACAGCGAGAAACAGGAGCUGAUAAGGGGCUUGCAGCAGAAGCAUAUGGAGAACACACAAUACUAUGCGGAAAUACAGAGACUGCAGCCGCAGGAGCAGAAGUUGCUUGAGCUAAUCAAGGAGCGCGAGAAACUGUGCGAUCAGAUCAGCUUCUUGAAGGAGAAGUCCGACAUAUUAACCACAAAUCUGCUCACCGAGCAAACCAAUCAGCGCCUGCUGCAACAGCAACAGGCCGAUGCCCAGGAGCAACAGGCGAGUGUUCAACGGGAUUUGGAGCGUCUGCGGGCCCACCUCGUCGAGAUCGAGGAGCUGCAUACGCAGGAGAGCGUUCAGCUGCAGCGCGAACUCGAUGAGGCCAGGGACAAGCAGGCGGCCCUACAGCAUGAGGUAUCUAAAUCCAGCAACGCCUACACUUCGGCCAGCAUAAGAGCUAACCAACAGGCGGAGACCUUGCAGGCACAGCACUUGCUGCUCUUGCAACAGCGCGACGAACUACUUGCCAAGCUGGGCCAACAUGAAGACCGCGAACAACGACAACAGGCGGCCCUUACCAAUCUGCAGUGCGCACUGGAACAGUUCCAGAAUGACAAGGAGCAUGACAUUGCAACGGCUACGCAGCGAAUGCGCCGCGAGAUGCAGGCACAGCUGGAGCAGCAGGCAAAGCUGCAGUCGGAGAUAAAUGGAUUGCAACAGCAAUUGGCCGAUGCCAAUCAGGGACUGCGUGCCGCGUCCCGGCUCUCCGAUCAGCUGGAGGCUGGACAGCAAAUCAUAGCCGUGCUCCGUGACGAAGUGGACAGCCUUAAGGAAGCCAAUCUCAAGCUGGAGCAGAGCCUCAGCAGCAGCGAGUCCAGCCAGACGGACAAGAUUGACAAGAGUCUCAUCAAGAGCUUGCUCAUCGGCUAUGUGGUUAGCGGGCAUGCGGGCGAUAAGCAGCAGGUGCUGCGCAUGAUAUCCACCCUGCUGGACUUUAACGAUCAGGAGGCUAACAAGGUGGGUCUCAACAAGCCGCAUAGCAGCUGGCUGGGCAGUAUACUCGGCGGUGGCGGCGGAGGUUCCUCCUCGACCAGCUCAGGCAAUGAGAAUCUGCUGCAGGCUUUUGUCCAGUUUCUGGAACAGGAAUCACAGCCGCAAUCGACGGCGCAGUCGCGACCCAAUCUGCUGAGUUUGGCCAAACAAACGGAGGCAACGGCUGCAGCGUCCCCAGCAACAGGAGCAGGAGGAGAUGCAACAACAGCAGCAGCAGCACCACCACCAACAGCCGCAUCAACUUCAGCGGCAGCAUCAACAGCGACCGGUGGCGAGCAAUUGAUGCAUGCCACGCCCCCUUCGCCGGCAAUGCCGCCAAUGCAAUCGCUGCACAUGAGCGGCAACGAAUUUGCGCCGACGCGGAACUCCAGCUCGAUAUUGAAGGAUAUUCUCAGUGAUACUUGAUUGUUAUAGAAUACCCUGGAACUGUGUCUUCUGCGUGUGAUGAUUGCCUUUAAUUAUUUUACUAUUUUUUUUUGUUUUUUGAUUAAAAUAAGUUCUGAUAAAAUUGAUUAGUUGUAUAUUGAAACGUGCAAUUAAAGUAUCAUUCGGUAGCACUAUCUAUAUCGUUUAUCCCAUGUACUCGUAUUUACUACUCCAAAUACACAUCUAUGAUUGUAUACUCUAACUAUAUAUACCCUUUCCCAAUUUUAUAAACACACCUUGUACGUGCAGCAAGCGCACCUGUAAAUAUGUAAUAUGCUAUUUAUACAAAAUGCCAACGAAGCGGACACCAAUAGGGUAUCCUGUUGCCUGUCAUUGAUGCGCCUUAAUAGCAGCUCGCCAAACAGCAGCACAUAGAAUUAUAUAAACAAAAGCCGGAAAUAAAUAUUUAAAAAUCAA